UUUUCCCCAUUUUCCCACGCCGGCCGAAAAUUUCCCAAGGUUGCCUAUAGGCAGGCGCAAUUUUCCCACGGCGCGUCAAAAUGGUGAGGAUUUCGCCCCACUUCGCCGCCGCUAUGACAUGUAGCCAUUUUAAUUCUGCAAUUGGAAUGGGAAUAAUUAAGUUGAGAAUGGAUUAAUUGGUGGCCAAGUGCGGUGCAAAAGACAAGGAUUACCAUCUCCAGGCGACUGUACAAGUGCUCGAGUGUCCUGGUGGCGUUGUGUGUGCGCUGGGGCGUGUGCGGAUGUGGUGCAAAGAGGUGGAAACACGGGGGUUGUGUGGAUGGUGUGUGGAAUUUUUGUGUGAUUGAAGAGGAGUCCUCGACUAUGGAGAGAGCGAGAUUCACAUUUUGAGAUUUACAUUUGCCCACGGUGGCCAGCAGUCCUCCGGCACCGAAUUGCGCCCAGCGACCUGGCAUGGUGUGUGGUGAUAUUUGCUAGAUGCUUGCGAUACGUUCGGCCGUCAAAGUGAGGCAUUUUUCGUAUCACGACGCACAAUGUAGAGGCAGAGAACCAGCAGGUGGACGGCUGGAAAGAAAAAGACACGGAGACAGCAAAUAAUUGUGGUGGAAAAUACGACGAUUAACAUUUUGUCGGAGAACUCUCUCUGGUUGUGUCGACGUGCCCGUGAAUUUCCCAUUGCAGUGCGCCCCAGUGUGGCUCUGUUGGGCCCCACGUCGGUGUGGCCCCGGAAAGCGCCCCAGUGAUUCCGGUGGAAAAAACUCGUAUUCCCCUCUUCCUCCCCCCAGUGCUGUGCGUGUGUGUUUACACUUUCCAUCGCGGAGCCUCUCCCACGAGCUCCGGGAUUCGCCCCAGAGAGCCGUGACUUGUCGUGUGCGGUGUGUGUGCAGUGCAAGGGAUCGCGCGCCCGCGAGAGAGAGAGAGAGAGGGAGAGAGACACUUCCGGACGGCGUGUCUCCGUGCCCAGAGGACAGACCCCAGAGUAGUCUCCCCAGCGAGCGAGCGUGCACGCUGGGAAAGUGGCGAGAAGCCGUCGAGUGUCCGUCUGGGCGACUUUCUGCAGCAGCACAGGAGGCGAAGUUCCAAUUCAUAAGAAAAAAGCAGCAGAAGAAGAAGUAUUUUUUGUUGUUGGUGUAUAUUAAGUUGCGGCGCGCACAAGGAGAGAGAAUGGGGCCAAUGCAGCAGCAGCGGAGAUGUUGAAUUUCCACAAUUACAACAUCAUCGCGUCGCGGCACAAAUGUCAUGAGAAUUGAGAUGCAAUUGCGGCAAACGACAGAGAAUCAAAUCAAAAUCAAUUUCACCAAUAAUAAAACUACAACAAAAUGUACAAAGAUGACGGAGGAGAGCGAUACUAUAAGAAAUGGCAUGAGUGUAAGUGUAAAUGGUGGUGGUGCCACACAGAAUGGUGCUUCCGGAUGCAAUAGUAAAACAUCAUCAGGAGGGCGAUUGCAAUUCUUCAAGGAUGGAAAAUUCAUAUUGGAAUUGGCGAGUGCACGAGAGAAUGAGAAUGGACGAACCGCAUGGGUUGCGGUUCCGAGGAAAACUUUCUGGCCACCAACAGCACCUCCCUUCACCAAUAACUACAACAGCAACAAUUGCAACAAGAAUGAGAGCUCCACAUCGCUGAGCUUUUCUGAUGACAACAGCUCGAUACAAUCGUCGCCAUGGCAGAGAGAUCAUUGCUGGAAACAAUUGACUCCGCGUCGCAACAUUUCACAGGAAAUGUCGAUGCUAUACAUCCGUCCUGUAAGUCUGCAUCUGUCCAGGGAAGGCAGGCGCCUGGCGAAGGUGAAGAAGCGUCGACCAUAUGAUGCCGCGACGGCUCUGCACAAGAUAAUCUUCGCCCGUUGUCACAAUGGUGUUGCUUCACCAAUAAAGUCUGAUGAGACGACUAAUGAUAAAGACUGUACCGAUGCUGCUGCUGCUGCCUCGUCAUCUGCUGCGGCGAAGGAGGAUGGCGAGUGCGAGAUGGCGGAGGCGCCUGAUGGUGAGGAAGUCGGCAAGAAGAUGGAUGAUGAGGUGGUGCACACAGUGAAAACGAUGAAGACUGUGAAAAUACUGAAGAAUAGAAUUCCACUGAGCACAAUAGUGCAAAAGCUGAUGGACAGACUUCCAACAGGACUGAUUUUGCUGACUAAAACGCCUGCCCUCGUGGCGAAUCACCACUUUUCGGCGUCAUCGUCGCCAAAAGUGGACAGUGGCCAUCAGCACGUGUCGCCGAGGAAGAGAAUACUCAGAGAGUUUGAGCGGGUGUCGCUGGAUGACACAUCAUCGCAAUCCAUGAAGCGCCAUCGUGCCAAGAACUCCACCAACACCGUGGUGGUGAGCUCCACGCGGAGUGUGGCAACGGCGGCGCCGGCCUUCCAGAGUGGCCCCAAUGUACCAAGUGCAAGUGCCACGGUGAUCAGUAAAACUGUCAUGCCGAAUGGAAGUGGUGGUCACGAGCCAACGCCGCCGCCGCCAGCCUCCCACGAGGCGGCGAGUGUGUCAUCGAGUGGAGCGGCCGUGUCGAAGCCCAUUAGCAGUUAUAGUAUUAUAUCAUUACUCGGUCACAACAACAACAGCAGCAGCAGUAGCAGCAAGACAAACGAUAAGGAUACUUCCACUAGUCAUGCCAAGGAGCACGAGUCCACAGUGUCACCAGCGAGUCCGUGCGGUGGUGACGUGCAGAAUAGACUGCCGCCGAAGAAGAAACAAUCACCACCGUAUGGGAACAACAACUGGUCACCAAAACCCUCCGCCACGGGCGCCGCGCAGCGCCAGAACAGCAGUCCGCUGUCCAAUGUGGGCUCACCGUCGUCGCACAACUACAACCUGAUGCGAUCGCCCGAUCUGAGUCCGAGUCCAGAGCAGCAGCACUCGCUGUCACGGUACAAAUCCCACUACACGGGACUCCACUACUCUGGCUCGGGUGGAACGCCGUCCGGCUCCUCGGCGGCCUAUCAUCCCUACUUGGCCACCCGCGGCAGUCCGUCUGGCGGCACGUCCUCGCCGUCUUCGGAGGCGUUCAACAGCCGCUACCGCUCUUCUGGCGGCUUCUUGUCGGGCUCACCGCAACACAAUCGUGCCAACAACAAUUCACCAUCGUCAUCAUCCCCAUAUUCGCGCUACUCGCCGAUCCCCAACACCACGGUUCCCGGAUCGUAUCACCAUCCGCCCGUGUCGCCGCAGCACUAUGCCGCCAAGGCGUCAUCCUAUUCGGCGAGCCACUACAGCGCCCCGCUGUCGUACAGCAACAAUCGAUUGCGCUCAACAUCCCCCUGUCGAUCGCCAUCGAUGCUGGACGCACAGCAUUCAUCACAGAAAAAGACUGCGCCAUCCGGCAAGCAGCCGCACAGAUCACCCGUGGCGUCGCCCAACACCCACGAUCCUUCCAGCGGCGGCUAUCCGGGCAGCACCUGUGGCAAGCGCACCACUGCGUCUCUAUCGCGCGACACUAGCAGCAAGUCUGACGGGCGGAAGUGCAGUGAUGAGCACGAGGAGGACAUGCGGAUGGCGACGAAGGAGGAGUGCCACGUGAAGCGCGAGACCACGCCGCCGGACGCAGAGCGGCCGGGCGGCGGCAUGAAGCUGUCGAGUCAGGAGCUGGAGUAUCUGGCGGCGUUCUCCAAGGCGAACUCCCACCAUCUGCUGUCGGGAAUCGAUAUGGCAUUCGCAGCUAUGAUCCGUCCGUCGCCGUAUCUCAUGUAUCCGCCCACGCACGGCGGAUCGCCACUGCAUCAUACUCAGGCGCCGCCCUACCUGCCGACGCUUCCCUUCUACAACCCCAUGUACCCGGCCGCGGCGGCUGCCGCCGUAUAUCGCCAGCAGUCGUGGCUCAACUAUCCACCCAUUCCGACAGCAUCGCGCCUGCCGUCUGCUAGUCUGCUCGCCUACGAAGCAGCCGCCAGCGGCCUCGGGCCGCCGGCUCCGUCCGCCGCCUCUCCGUCGGCCGCCGCGACCACACCCUGGGGACCUGUGCCGCACAGCCAUGGCAUCGAGGCGACCGAGAAUUCCGCAACCCUUGAUAGGAUCAAAGACGACCCCGGUUCAGAUGUCCCGCUUAAUUUAUCCAAACACUGAGAGUUUUGAAAAGAGGGUCCACAAAUAGAAUAUAGAAGUUUAAAAACAAUGUCGGCAAAGGCAUAAACUUUUUACAUGAAAACAUUAGAUUUUUAGGAAGAGAGAGAGAUCAAGAAAAGGUAAUAUUUUAUUACAACUAAUUAUAUAUAUAUAUUAUAUACAUUUUUAAGAAAGAAAAGAAAAUAUAUACAUACAUGCAUAAUUACAAUUAUUAACAAUUAAAAAUAUAACGUAAUAUUUUGGAAGUAAGAUUUGAUAAGAACGAAGAGAGAAAAAAGAGAGUUUUUUUUUGUAUAGAGAUGAUGCGAAGACACGGAAAAAAAUGAUGAAAGAGAAGAAAAUAUUUUUUAAAGCACACGCAUUAUUUGCUAGAGAGUAUAAAAAAGAGAUAUAGAGUGGCAUAGUAUCGAAUCUCAGCGCUAAAUUAUAGACUGAAUUAACAAAAAAAUGAAAGAAAACUAGAGGAGUGAAAAAAUAGCACGACAAAGAGUUAAAUGCAACAAAAUACACACAAUUUUUCUUUUCCAAAAGUCUUAGUGCCUUUGAAAAAGAAAUUAAAUACAAUUUGUAAUAUGAAAACUUGGUCUUAAACUGCAUGAAUAAGAAAUAAAAUAGAGCAGAAGAGGAAAAAAAUUACAUUAAAUCGCGUAACAAUGAACAAAACUAUUUAAGAAAAAGAAAAAUUAUGAUGAAGUUUAAAUAUGUUUCAUGAAAAGUGAGAUGAGAAAUCAUGAACCAACAUUUUAGAAAUACAAAUAAAAAAAUAUUAACAAAGUGUAGCGAGAGAGAGACAAAUAUUUUAGUAAUCAAUAUUAUUCUAUUUGAAGAAGUAAAUUUUGCGAAAAAAUAGGGCCUUAAGAAUAAAAUGAAAAGAGAUAAAAUGCAAAGAAGGAGAGAAAUAUGAAAUGGAAGAGAUAAAAUGAAGAGAAAAAAAAUGAAAUGAGAGAAAUAUUUUUAAUAUUUACUUAUUGAUCAAAGUUGAAUUUUAGCAUAAAAUUCAAACAAAAAAAAAACUUGAGGAAAAGAUUAAACAUGACGAAGUAAUGUGAUUAAAUUUUGUACAUAGAAGAUAUAAAUGAGAAAAUAUUUAUACAUUUAUAUACAUACAAAAAAAAAGAAAGAAAAAAUCAUUGAAAUGUGCAAUUAAUAUCGUGUAUUUUUAGAAGGAAAAUGAAAGAUCUUAAAUAUCAAAAUUUUUUCUAAUCCACUCCCAAAACAGGACGGAAAGCUUGUAAUAUCAAAAGAAAGAAAGGAA